AUGUACGGUGUGGUGUUGAAGCUGGUGAUAAUAGCCCUAUUAGUGCCUGCCAACGGGCAGCAAACAUCCGACACAACUGAACAGCCAACGAAAAGCUCCCACAGUUGGUACGACGAAGAUGGCAGCACAAUCGCACAAGAAGAGUACCAAGAUUUACACGACACUGGGACAACGCAACCCAACAAUCAAGUAUCUAGUGAACACCCGCAAGCCCUCAAUCAAUCGUAUACGGCACAUAGUGCAACGGUACACCGGUUCGAGAUGGUAAAUGCUCGCUUUCAGGACAACAUGCGCAGCAUGAAGAAUAGCAGCGCCCGGCUAGACAUUGUGUUUCUGAUCGAUGCCAGCUCGAGUGUCGGCCCGACCAACUUUCAAAGUGAGCUACGGUUCGUGAAAAAACUGCUCGCCGGCUUUGACGUAAGCGUGAACCGUACACGAAUUGCGGUGAUCACGUUCAGCUCGCGCAAAAAGGUGAUCCGUCACGUUGACCAAGUCUCGCGACCACUGGCCGAAAAUGACAAAUGUCUGCUGCUAAACUAUCAGCUACCGAGCAUCGAGUAUAGUGGCGGUGGAACGUACACUUACGGCGCACUGAAGGAGGCGGAAGAAAUCUUUGCCGAGAGUCGAUUCACCACCUCCCGGACCACGGACAACCUGGAGCGCAUCAUCUUUCUCAUCACGGACGGGUACUCGAACGGGCAGAAUCCGAUACCGAUCGCGCAAAGGUUGAAGCGUAGCGGUGUGACGAUCUUCACGAUUGGGAUCGAAACCGGUAACGAUGAGGAGUUGGCAAGCAUCGUAACGUCCAGCGAGCAUCGCUAUCUGUUGGCAAGCUUCGAACAGUUCGAAACACUGGUCCGACAGGCACUACACCUCGACUAUCGCCAUGGACCGUCCGUACCGUUGGGAAAUGGUUCGUUAUGUGAUCGAUUAUGUGAUCGGGCGAAGAUGAAGGAGCAAAACAGUGCGUCAGCAGGGUGCUGCGAUGAACGUGCCACCUGUACCUGUCUUACAACCUCCGGUCACUACCGCUGUGCGUGUGAGGCUGGAUAUACGGGUUCGGGGAUGCGUGGCGAUUGCCAUCCGUGCCCGAACGGUACGUACUGGACAGCGGGUGGCGUGUGUGAGUCCUGUCCACAUGCGCGCCAUAUUACGCUCACACUCGGCGCUACAUCCGAGAAGGAGUGCGUUUGUCCCCACGGCUAUCAAGAGAACGAAGAUGGGCGCUGUGUUGCGAUUACGUGCGCUGAGUUGCAAGCCCCGGAAAAUGGAUACUUCGUAAUGGAGCCGAAACCUUGCAGUCAGGUACUGAACGCUGCCUGUGGCACGCGAUGCCGUCCGGGAUAUGAACUCACCGGCAGUAGUAUCCGGCUAUGUCAGGAAAACGGCGAAUGGUCCGGAACAGAGGCAAAGUGCACUAUGAAAAAAUGUCCGCCAUUGAAUAUACCUUAUUACGGUAUGGCGGUCUGCAGCAAUCCCGACCUCGAUCUGCUGUAUGACUACACGCCGCGCAACAAAUCUUUUCUCCAAAACUAUAGUAUGUCGGCGGAACGCUUUACCGAAGCGAUGCCAAUCGAUACCGAGUGCUCGUUUACGUGUGGUCCAGGAUUCUAUCUGAAAGGUUCACACAACCGGAACUGUUUACCGCUGUCCAAGUGGGAUGGCUUGCAAACGACUUGCAAACAGAUCCUCUGUCCAGCGUUACCCAAGGUAGCAUUCGCGACGUACGACCCAACCGACUGUGCCGAUACAAAGUCUGCCUUCGGUACCAACUGCACGCUCAUCUGUGACUUUGGCUUCGAGAUGAAGGGUGGACCCUCAACGAAACAGUGUGGCGGCAAAAGAACGGGCACGUGGAGUAAGCUGAAGACGCCACGGUGCAUCGACAUUGCUCCACCGUACAUCGAAUGUCCCGGCAACUACACCAUACUGAUGGAUGACGACCACCCAUACGCUUUAGUUCGCCGACUGCAGCAACCGUACGUGUUCGAUAACAGUGGCGACAACUACACGUACUGGUCAAAACCCGGCAUCAAAGAGGAAGGCACCCGGCUUGAUAUCGGCGAUCACGAGUUUAGCUACAUCGCAAUGGAUGCCUUCAAGAAUAAGGCGCGCUGUAGCUUUACCGUUACCGUGAUCGAUCGAACACCACCUGUGAUUGAGAGUUGUCUCGACGCCCCAGUACACUACGUGAGCGACAGGAGCAAUCCACAGGAAACGUUUGUCCGCUGGGAGGAACCGAUGGUGUACGAUAAUGCUGGUCGCAACAUUACGAUCACGCAGAACGUUACGUUUGGCUACUUACCCGCAGGGAAGCAUUCGGUACAGUACCGUGCAGUGGACCUGUCCGGCAAUGAAGCCGAAUGUGUGCUAACGGUCGAAGUUAAACAGUACACGUGCGAUGACAUACCCGAACCACGGAACGGGUUCUCGAUCUGUGCGUACAACGUCUCGCAUGUGUGGUGUGAGAUGGGCUGCAAAGAGGAUUACAUGUUCAGCCUGCAGCCGGAGGAAACCAUCCGCAUGGUUUGUGAUCGAGCUCGGCCUACAUGGGGAGAGCAUCUAGACGUGCCGGAAUGUAGCAAGGUCAUCAGUUCGUCCGGUGUAGAAAAAAUCAUCACAAUCCGUCUAGAUGACGAUAUGGAUCCUACGCUCUGCAACGAUACGGACGCAAUCAACGAAGUGUCGGAAACGUUCAGUGAUGGGUUGCGUGAGGAGCUGUGUGGCCAGCAAGACGACUGUACGCUCAUGACAACCUUACCGACCUGUCUGCCUGGUAACAGUGUAACGCAAACGGAUGCAGACGAGUCCGUGCGGUACAGCAUCGUGAAGCGUAGUGUAGAGUCGCAAAGCUACUCUACGCCUGAUCCGGGACGCACUAACGAUCGGGCGAUGGUAAAGAUAAUUGUCUACAAGCGCGUAUCACAGGAGCUUGGCCUAUGGAGAUCUGAUGGGAAACAAUCGGAAAACAUUAAGCGUAUAAAAGAGGAGCUUGAAAAGAUCAAUGGUAAGAAAAAACUGCGCCGUCGUCUGGGGGCCCUCAAUCUGGAUCUAAGCGUACUGAAACUAGACGAGAAAAUACGCUGCGCAAAUGGAAGCAUUUCCAAGAAGCUAGUUUGUGUACACUGCCCGAGAGGAACGUAUCACAACUACACCACCAACACCUGCGUCAGCUGUCCGAUUGGUUCGUACAACGAUCAAACAGGUCAAACAGUGUGUCACCCAUGUCCGGAGCAUCAUUCCACACGCAAACUAAAUGCCAAACAUGCCCACGAAUGUAAACCACAAUGUCCACCGGGUACGGUGGCUCGGUUGAAGCUGUUAAAGAAGACAAAACCCAACGGUAAUUUCGCUGGUACAGUCAAGUAUCACAAAACGCUUAUGCCCUUCUGUCGACUUUGUGAGCCGGGACUGUAUCAGGACCAGUACAACCGGGCCCAAUGUCAUCCGUGCCCUUCGAACCACAGCUCACCACGUGGUUCGAAGUCACUCGACGACUGUUACCCCAUCGGUGGACAGCUUUGCAACGUUAGUGCCUCCAACGUGUGCGGUGCUUACGGACGAUGUAUCGCCGAUCCUGCCUCACUGCUCGGUUACCGUUGUGUCUGCGAGGAGAAUUACGUAGGUGAGCAUUGCGAAAUUGCGCUUAACCCUUGCGGUUCGGCACCGUGUUUUAAUGGUGGACAGUGUGUGACGAGCAACAGCAGUGGGGGUUUUGUGUGCCACUGUCAACCACCCUAUACCGGGGGUCCUCUGUGUGAAUUUUACGUUGAUCCGUGUCGGUCGGACCACUGUCUGCAUGGUGGAACCUGCGUGGAAGCGGAUGGUAGCCCGUUCUGCGAAUGUCCACUGGGCUAUGAGGGAGAUCGUUGCGAAUGGUCCAAGGACUUCUGUACGCCCAAUCCAUGCGAGUACCAGGGUGUGUGCGUAAACGUCGAUGAAGGCUAUAGUUGUGCGUGCCCGCGAGGAAAAACAGGGCGUCGUUGUCAUCUCGAACCAUGUGACUAUCUACCCUGCCCGGCUGGCGCACUAUGUCUGAACGGUGCAAAUGAUACCGACACGAGACACCAUGACAAGUUCGUGGUAGUGCUGCAAACACAGCAGCAGCCCGUAAUGCAAUACUCGCUUAGCUACGUUUGCGUCUGUCCGAUAGGAUUGCGAGGCAACAACUGCACCCAGAUCGACAAUCCGUGUGAAACGGUGAAGCGACACUACUGUCGUAAUGGUGCAACAUGUGAAGCGAUCAAGCUACGUAAUCUAACCGAAAGUACUGCGGAUGACUACGAAGAUGAAAGCUACCGGUCGGUACGCUGCCAUUGUCCACCGGGAUAUAAUGGUAACAGGUGCGAUCUCCUACUGUCCGCAGCCUUUGAGUUUGACUUCCCUCGUAGUGGUGUGCACGCAUACGUUAAGUUGCCGGCACGGACCAAACAAGAUGGCGUACUGGAAGCGAUCGGUAUGUGUGGAUGGUACCGGACGGAUGAUGAUUUUAACUACGGCACACUACUAUCCUACGCAACACCAAUCGCCGAUAAUGCAUUCACGCUGACAGAUUACAGUGGACUGGUACUGUACGUGAACGGUGCACAUGUCGUCACGAAUGUCUCCCUUAACGAUGGCGAUUGGCACUUUGUGUGCGUUAGUUGGACAAGUGUCGGGGGACGGUACACACUCUACCUGGACGGGGAGCUAAGUGCACAGGGCUGGAACCUUAGUGAUGGUGUUCCGAUCCAACAUGGCGGACUGUACGUGUUUGGACAGGAGCAAGAUGUGCUGGGGGGAGGUUUUAGUGAGACGGAAUCAUUCCGCGGUCGGAUGGCGUACGUAGAUCUGUGGAACCGUCCGCUUGAGCUGGUGGAGGUCCGACACUACUAUCGAACAUGUGAGCCGUACAGUGGCAAUCUGAUACGAUGGUUAGAUCUACGACUCCAAACCGUAGGACACGUACGGGUAGUAAGUUCAGGCUUUUGUCGCGACUGUCCACGGAACCACUCCCUCCCGAAUGGUUCUGUUAGGUACGAAGGGAUGAGGGCAAGGUUCUGGUGUAAUGAAGGAUACGAGCUAAUUGGACCGUCGUUUGCUGAAUGUUUACGCACCUCCCAAUGGACUGCAGGUGUGCAGUUUUGUAAGUUAACUCGUUGUGGCACAAUUAAUGCUCCUUUGAACGGGCAAGUCAUUCUAACCAAGACAAGUUUCGGUGGCGAGGCUAGGUUUGCUUGUGACGAAGGAUUUCUACUUGAGGGAACAGAUAUACUGCACUGCACAGCACGAGGCACCUGGUCCGGUUCUGUUCCCGAGUGUAUAAGCAUCGUCAAGUGUCCACCGCUGAUGCUGGAGGAGAAUGAUGGCAGAGCACCCAUCAUCUACGCAACCGAACGUGGCCCCAUUCCACACACGCUCGUCAGCUACGAUGUGGGCGUGCUGGCAGAAGUACGAUGCUUACCACAGUUUGCCCUCACGGACGAUAACCUACUGACGUGUCUGGAAAAUGGUCAGUGGGAUCUACCGCUACCGGAGUGUGUACCUGUUCCACCCACGACCACACCAACGCCCGACUCUCUAUCGAAUCUGAUCAUUCGCGUGAACCGUCGACCAGAUGUACAGUUUUGGAAGCACCUGCGAGACUAUCUGUUCCAUGGUUGCAUACCAUCCACCGUACCUGGACGGCAGCUGUCACUGUUUUGCUAUUCCGCUGCGGGCACAAUUGCUGGCAACAAUUGGACGGAUCUGACCGGGUUUACACUGCAGAAGGAUGCGCCAGCCGUUACGAAUAUAGAUGUGAAGCUGCUCGGUUUUUUGAUGCGCACCGUCAAACCAGACGCAAAUCGGCUGGUGCCAGAAAAUCUGCUACACUACAUCCUGUACGGUACGGUUGAACCGAUUGCACCGGAAAUGCGCUACCCGGUGCACAUUGAGAAUGCGUAUCGCUUCGUGAUCUGUCAGUUUAUCGACAUCAUACUGAUGGAUCGGGAGCUUAACUACGACGACGAGCUGGUGGUGGACAUCCGGCAGGAGGAGAACACCAAUACGAAGAUUAAACAUUUGUUGAAGAAUGUGGCGCAGGUUGUCUAUCAACAGUAUCACCAUCUGUUGGAGGAGCGAAAUGCACGCGAGUCGGCCGCACUGAAAAAAAUUAUCGAGCUGGCUGAGGGAAUGCCGCCGGUUGGGACGACUAGUACAACCUCCACAACUACUACUGGGGCACCACCGAAACGUUGCCCGUUGAGUCAUCUACCUACUCCUCCGAUAGAUAGUCACGUCAGGGUGGUACAGCUGCGUACGGCUAUCGAACUGCAUCCGGAUGAAUGGCGCUUCGAGAAGCUGCUGUACAGUGGACUGCAGGCGGAACCAGGUGAUCGCAUCCAAUAUGGCUGCGAUGUCGGAUUCAGCAUGCGUGGUUCCGGUGUGACAGAGUGUGGAGUCGGCGGACGGUGGAACGUGGUGGAAGGAUUCUGCGAGGGUGCCGUGUGCGAGAAUCCACCUAGCCGCCCUAAUAUGCUGAUUGCGCCCGAAUCGCGCGACAGACAGUACUACGUGGACGACGAGAUUGAGUAUCGGUGUGAGCCGGGCUACACUAUCAAAGGCCAUCCGAUCGUUAAGUGUCAACCGAAUGGACGCUGGACACCAAUGAUGGCACGCUGUACACGCAUUUCUUGUGGACGACCGAAAAACUUAGCCAUGGCUAAUAUACUGGCGGGCAAUUCAUUCCUGUACGGUGAUUCACUCAAGGUGCGCUGUCAGCAGUACACGGUUGAUAUCACGUGUCAGUCAAACGGUCAGUGGACACCGUUCGAUGAGUGUUACUAG